UUGAAUAACUACGAGGAGACACACACCCAGUUGCUUGUAUCUUUGAAUUUGGCUUUGCCUGGGCGUGAAAUUUUCCUUCUGAGCAAAAGCAAUUCUUCCCAGAAAGAAAAAGAAAAAACAACGAAGGAAUUCAGAAAUGAAUAGUUCAUCACCAGCUCAUUCUUCAAUAUCAACCACAACAAUAGUGGGAGGGAAUAGCAGCAAUGCUGCUUUGUCCACGGAGGAGUUCCACAUCCCACCUGAUUUCAUUUCAAUUCAAGAGCGCAAAGACGAGGCUUUGCGCGUUCUAAAGUCAGAUCUGAUGGCUUCACUUGACAAGGAGGUUAAGUCCUUGGACGAAGAUAACUGGAAGUUUGAGGGACCUCGCUCCCGUAUCCAUCUUAUAUCAAGACGAGGUGGUUUUUUUCACAAGCGGACAGAAAUUUCAAAGAGUUUGAAUUUGGCUCCACCAAAAUAGUUCAGAAUACUUAGAACAGAAGCAAAGUCCACGUGAACAAUUAAGAGAGUUGUUGAACAUCUUCCCGUUUUCCUGAAAGUUGAGAAAUGAGCAAAUAUAUUGAACGUUGGACAUCUUCCCUUGUCAACUAAUAUUGGAUGUUGGUAGCACCAUAAAUUUUCAAGUGAUAGCUAAAGAACAUACUAUGUAAUGUAGAGUUAGGCCGAGUGAAAGGUUUCUAUGGGUGUUGACCUACUAUGUGUGGCUGUGUGCUUGAGCAGACUUGUGUAUGUUUGAUAAAUUGUAACGUUGGCUUAUAAGACGGAUUCUUAUUUUCUAAUUGUUGGCUUAUAA